UCUCAGCAUCGAUGAUGCAGGCUCGUUACUCCGUGGCUGACCCCAAUGGCCUGGGGGUCGUGCCCUACCUGAGCGAGCAGAACUACUACAGAGCGGCGGGCACCUAUGGCACCAUGCCCACCCCGAUGAGCGUGUACCCCGGGCACGAGCAGUACUCCUCGGGCAUGAGCAGGUCGUACGGACCCUACCACCACCACCAGCCUUCAGCACCCAAGGACCUGGUCAAGCCACCCUACAGCUACAUCGCCCUCAUCACCAUGGCUAUCCAGAAUGCCCCGGAUAAGAAGAUCACCCUGAAUGGCAUCUACCAGUUCAUCAUGGACCGCUUCCCCUUCUACAGGGAGAACAAGCAAGGCUGGCAGAACUCCAUCAGGCACAACCUGUCCCUCAAUGAGUGCUUCGUCAAGGUGCCCAGGGAUGACAAGAAGCCUGGCAAGGGCAGCUACUGGACCCUGGACCCCGACUCCUACAACAUGUUUGAGAAUGGCAGCUUCUUGAGGAGGAGACGGAGGUUCAAGAAGAAGGAUCCCAGCAAGGACAAAGACGACCGCCAACAGAAGGAGCCUGGCAAGCUCCAGGGUGGCAUCACCAGCUUGGAGGGCGGCAAGGAGGUCCACCAUGACAAGAAGAUCGUCAUCAAGAGCGAGUCUCCAGAACUUCCACCGGUCAUCACCAAGGUGGAGAACCUGAGCCCGGACGGUGGCAGUGCCAUGCAGGAUAGCCCAAGGAGUGUUGCCUCUACCCCUUCUGUGUCCACCGACAGCUCCAUCCCUGACCAUCACCCCUCCAGCAAUGGUUUGUCGGGCUUCAGUGUGGAGAACAUCAUGACCAUCAGGACUUCGCCUCAUGGGGAGCUGAGCCCGGUGCCUUCUGUGCCCCACCGGACAGGUAUGGUGCCCUCUUUGCCCCUGAACUACGCCCAGAACCAGCCCUCCAUCUAUAGCCAGGCCUGCGCUCAGGGCAUGGACUCCAGUGCCAGCUACCAGUGCAGUAUGAGGGCCAUGAGCCUGUACACCGCGGACAGAACUGGGCACAUGUGCGUGCCCACUACACUGGAAGAAGGCAUCUCAGAUCACCACAGCGGAGCCUCGUCCCCCCUUAACUCCAUGAGCCUCAGCUCCAGCCAGGAAGGGGCCCUGUCCUCCAGCCACCACCAGCAAGGGGGCACCGCUGGGCAGACCCCAUCCUGGUACCUCAACCAUGGGGCAGAGCUCAACCACCUCUCCGGGCACACCUUCGGCUCCCAACAGCAGACUUUCCCCAGCGUCAGGGAGAUGUUCAACUCUCACCGCCUUGGCAUCGAAGGGUCAGCCUUGGCAGAGCACCAGGUGGGCACCAAUGCCAGCUGCCAGAUCCCCUACAGUUCUGCCCCCUCUAUAUAUCGCCAUAGUAGCCCUUACUCAUACGACUGCACUAAGUACUGACACCCCCCAAU